AUUGUGGGAUCGCAAGUGUUCUCAAAAAUAAAUAAAUCAAAUCAUUCAACGAAUUCCCUCUUUUCAGACAUAUAAUUGAUCUCUAAAUAUUCCCAGCCAUCUAAUCUAACAUUUGAAAGCAAAUUUCGACAAAUUAUAUUAGUAGAAAGGAUGGAAUAAUGUAUUUCUCAGAAGGGUCUUGGAGUCGUGACGUCAUUAAUUAGGGACCCAAUACAAAGUUAUUGUGAAGAAGAUUAUUGAAAUCGAUCAAUAAAUAUCCCGAUUUUGCCACAAUGGAGACCUCCAAAAUACAGUUUGUUGGUAAAUCCUGUGGUAAACAUGGUCAAUAUACAUUUUUCAAAGCCUUGAAAUACUCCAGAGGAGAAAAAUAUAGAAUUGUGUCUUUGGGGGAAUUUUUCUUCCUAAAAGUGUCUGACAAUUCUGGAGUCGGCAUUGGUGAGUUACAACUUUUGUGGGAGGAGAAAGGUCAACCAAUACCCCUAGUGAGUGUACGCUUGUACUUCCUUCCCGAGAAUACACCUGAUGGUCGUCACAAAGAUCAUGGAAAGGAUGAAAUCUUAGCUGUGGCAGAGAAGAUUGUCCUGAAGGGAGAGGAUCUUGUAAAUUGGAUCAUCGAUGACCCCAAUGUGACUUGGGACCAAGGUCAUUUACCAACCUAUAUCAAACCAACUUCACAGAGUAACUCCAUAAAGAAAGCAUUUGCUAUAAAUAACCCAAGACUUGAACUGGGAGAUGUAAAUGAAGAGAAAAAUGCAUUGGGUGAUCUUCAAGUUGCCCCAAGUAAUACAGAUGUCCUCAUUGUGAGUUAUUCAACAUAUUGCCGCUACAAGGCAGUUCUGAAACGGCUAGAGGGAUGCACAGAUAAGUGGUUAACAAAUGCUGUCGUCCAAGCAAUAGGUGGCAUUACUGUCUCAAAACCCAACACACGUAUCUUGUUUUGCCGUCAGACUUUUGAGUCAGAGGAUAUUCAAGGACAUAAAUUCCGCUGCGAACACUUAGCACCAAACCUGAAAGGGCGUCCACGCAAAAGAAAGGUAAAGCUAAAAGAUGGAAUGGAUUCAGAUUCUGCUUCAAAUGAUGCUGAUUAUCAACAAGCAGUACAGAACUCACUCCUCACAUCCAUGAAGGAGAAGCUUCAAGAAUCCAAAGAGAAGCCAAUAGAAAAGCAGCGUCCAAACGGAGUAUCCUCCAAUAAGACUAUUAAAGGUAAUGGUCAGGAGAUGAAUGAACAAGAAUUCCUGGUUGCUCUCCAUCAGUUCAUGAGGGAGCGAGGGACACCGAUAGAGAGGAUACCUUCUCUUGGAUUCAAGACAAUUGACCUCUAUUUAUUUUACACGUUUGCUCAGAAACUUGGAGGAUAUACUGAGGUGAGCCAAAAGCGUUUGUGGAAGUAUCUCUAUGACAACAUGGGUGGUAACCCUAACAACACUGCAGCUGCCACAUGCACACGACGCAACUACGAGAAGUUAUUAUUACCAUUUGAGCGUCAUGUCAAAGGUGACAUGACAACUGGUGAUGUCAUACCUGUCAAUAAACAUCCUGGGAGGAAGCGGGUUAGUGACAUCAUCAAGGAAAAUGAAAAGUUAUUAGUACCUAAUGUUGAUAAAAGAUGGCAACCCCAGAGCUCCCAUAAUGCAUCGGCUGAUGUUAAGAACAGCAAGAGGGAACUAGAAUGGGAGGAGCGUCGUAAACAAAUCUUAAAACAAGGAUCAACAGGGUACAACCACAGGCCCUUACCCCCAGGCUUUUCCCAUCCAUCAAUGCCUUGGAACCAGCCAGAUAUGUCUAAGUCUGUCCCUGGGACUAGCAGGCAAAAUGUAACUGGGGGUAGUAGACAGUCAAUUCCUGGGGGGAAUAAGAAGGAAGCUCAUCGUGUAACAGGAGAUGUAAAUACUCAUAUCACAAAAUCAUUGGGUUCGAUGACCAAGAUGGAACAUUUACGAAACGUUGCACCAGGAAGUGGUUAUCGUGGAGCACGUACCCCUACUGUUAUUAACACGCCACCUAUUCCCCAUAGAUAUGUUCCAGUGAAACACCAGGGGAUCGCUCAUUCUUGUCCUAUAUCAUACCCACCAUAUACUGUCAAACUAGAGACAUAUAGGCCCUCUGUGAUUCAUCACACCCCUCAAGGGGAAAGCUCUAGUACCUCAACUACACAAUCGAACACUAACAAAAGGCAUUUACCUGCUGCUAAAGAUCACAUAAAUCCUUACACUAAGCGAAAAAAAAUUGAGAAAGAGCCUUUUGAUCCUAAGUGUUUUUUGCCUAAGGAUAAGGAAAAUGGUAACUCUGGUGAUUUACAAACAGUUGCUCUUGACUUAUGUGUUAAGCCACAUAGUAUUGCAUUGAACAGUCCAAGGUCUCAAACCUCUACUCCACAAACACCCCCCAUCCCCUCUUAUGACCCUUACGCCAUACAGGAGGAGCCCAUAUCCCUAGUGGUACGUCCUAGGGAUGGAGAUCGUGGUCCCGAACGUACUGCAAUCACACCAUCUGUGAGUCCCAGAAUGCCAAGUCCAAGCAUUGCGGCACAACGCUCAGCAACGUCAAAGAAUCUUACAAUCACAGGGAAGCCAAAUUCUCCACUGGCAGUUCUCAAUAAUCACCGUGAUGUCAGUUCUAAUCCUAAUGCAAUACAUAGUAACAAUCGUCCCAUUAUUUCACACCCUCGUCCAGCACAUGUUAACACUCAGGCUGCACAUUCCAGAGUUCCCGCUGAACGGGGUAUUAAUGUGCCACAAUACUCACCAGGUGGCAGCACCAUGGUCCAUCCAGCAUUUGCUCUUCGACCCUCACUCUCCAGGACGUCAUCCCCAGGAUCCCAGCACAGCUACCCAUCAGGGUCCCUCCCCAGUACCUACAGAACUGUCCCAAACUCUAGCCAGUUAACGCCAGCUCUUUAUAAACAAUAUUAUGGAAGCCAGAGAAAAUGAUCAAUCCCACCAAAAAUAUCACAAUGAACAUGUGUAUUUCACUGAGCAGAAAUUGGCAAGACAAAAAGCAGAUAGCUAGACAUCAAUAAUGGUUAAAGUGGUUCUGACCUGUAAAUGAUUACACACCAUGUGUUAUAAAUACAUCAAGAUUUGAAUUUCUUUUUUGUUCCAAUAAUAAAUACCAGUAGUCCAAGAAAUGUUCAUGCCUGCAAAUGGGAAACUUAGUAUAUAUUUUGCUCAAAAAUACCCAAAUGAGUCCAGUUCCACAAUAAAGCAGUAUAUUUUUGUGCCAUAUGUUUAAGCAAUAAAAACCAAGAUUAUAUGAAUAAUGGCGCAAUACAUGAUCGAAAAUUUUAUUCUGAUCAUUGUUUUAAAAAACCAAAAUCACAUAGCGAUUGAGGUCUUUGGCAAUCCUAGGUCAUUAUGUUUGCCAUAAAUCAUAGAGUUGAGGUCUUAAUUUGUUGCGAUUCUAAUAUGAUAAGGAAGAUCAGAAAAACAAUUACUAGUUUGCAUUUAUGAAAUUAAGUGGUCAUACAUACUAGAUUAAGACCAGUAAAUGGAUUGUUCUAGUUAUUGUGACGUCAUGUAUCAUAUUAGAAUACAAAAUAUACUAUAGAAAGCUCUCCUAUCAGAUAUUAUGAAGAAAUAAGCAUGGCCAAUGUGAUGAAUGUUGAUGAUGUGAUAGCCAUUUUCCACACUUUUUAAACCAUUAGUUAGUUUAAGAAUGUAUGUAGCCUUUAUACUUUUUUAUUGGUAUAUUAUAAAUCGGUAUUAGGAGUAUAUUACACAGGCCCGUAGCCAGGAUUUGCCA